AAGAAACCGGAGACCCUCGCUCUUCCAAUACUCACGCCCUAGCUACAGAGGUCAAGAAGGGCUUCCCCAGGAGCUGUUUCGGUUUCGGACGGCGCCGUUUCCCGCGAAAGUCCUGAGAAGAGUCCAGCCUUGUCCUCCUGCCGCCCCCGGGCGGGAUGGUUGAGGCCGGGGCCACGCCCCCUCUGCACCCCUCCGAGGGCAUCCUGGGCUUUCUCCCACCGCUUUCCUCGCCCGCUUGCACCUCGGCGAUCCCCGACUCCCUUCUUCAUGGCGUCGCUCCUGUGCUGUGGGCCGAAGCUGGCCGCCUGCGGCAUCGUCCUUAGCGCCUGGGGAGUGAUCAUGUUGAUAAUGCUCGGAAUAUUUUUCAAUGUCCAUUCCGCUGUGUUGAUUGAGGACGUUCCCUUCACGGAGAAAGAUUUUGAGAAUGGCCCCCAGAACAUAUACAACCUUUACGAGCAAGUCAGCUACAACUGUUUCAUCGCCGCGGGCCUUUACCUCCUCCUCGGAGGCUUCUCUUUCUGCCAAGUUCGGCUCAAUAAGCGCAAGGAAUACAUGGUGCGCUAGGGCCCGGGCGCCCUUCCCCGCUCCAGCCCCUCCUCUAUUUAAAGACUCCCUGCACCGCGUCACCCGGGUCGCGUCCCACCCUUGCCGGCACCCUCUGCGGGACUGAGUUUCCCGGGCGAGAGACUGAAUCUCUUCUUCUCCCAUCUCUGGCAUCCGGCCCCCGUGGAGAGGGCUGAGGCUGGGGGGCUGUUCCGUCUCUCCACCCUUCGCUGUGUCCCGUAUCUCAAUAAAGAGAAUCUGCUCUCUUAUGCCCUGUGUCUGUGCUUCAGUGGGG